AUGGGUAGCAUCAUGCUGGAAUAUUUGACUGAUGAACGGCUGGACUUCAAGCAGCAUUUUAGGAUAAGCCGGCAAAGUUUCAGGAUACUUCUUGGGAUUCUCUGGAGUGACAUGCCACCAAGGACACACGGCUGGACGAGGGAAGUCGAGUUACUGACAUUCCUGUUUUGGCUCGGCUGUGGCUCCGCAUUUCGGAUUGUUGGGUGCGUCUUCAAUAUACCAAGAACCACAACAUUUCGCAUGGUUCACCGUGCUCUGAAGGCAAUUGUGGCGAAGCUACAUCUUAUGGUCUUCCCAACACAAGUGGAGAAGUUAGAUGCCGUGCAGCAAGGCUUUGCACGGUUGUCCCGCAAUAAGAACUUCCUUGGGUUUGUGGGAGCCAUUGACGGGUGUCAUGUGAGGGUACUGGCUCCAGUAGCCCUUCAUGACGACUACAUAAACCGAAAGCGUUUCUACUCUGUGCAGCUGCAAGCAGUUUGUGACCAUGAAGGUGUGUUUCUGGACAUAUUUGUUGGAUACCCUGGGAGUGUCCACGACUCUCGUGUGCUCAGAAAUAGCCCUCUCGACCAGCAAUCCCUCUAUCCUCCGCCGGGCUUUGCUAUUCUUGGAGAUUCGGGCUACCCCUGCAUAUCUUCUCCAAUCAUGCUGAUCACACCCUUCAAGGAUCCACGGACACCUGUUGAGAGCAGGUUUAACACCUUACACUCUAAGGCCCGAUCUGUAGUGGAGAGGGCAUUUGGACUUAUGAAGGGAAGGUGGCGAUCAGUGUUCACAAAGGCACUUGAGGUGUCGGUGAAGAAGGCACCCCUAGUAAUUGCUGCCUGUGCCGCUAUGCACAAUGUGUGCAUUCGAGCUGAGGACUUUUGUGCCGAAGAGCUACAGGAGGGGUCAGAAGAGCCAGAAGGCAUGCUAGCUGGUAACAUAGAGGGCGAAGGCGACGCUACGAGAUUUCGAAGUGAGCUUGCUGCACGAUUGUCAUGUCCCACAAGCUCAUCAUCCGUGGAUCAUGACUACCAUCACGUUUUAACUCAUACCUUUUAG